CUUUUCCUGUCCCGUUAACCCAUCAUCCUUCGAAUUCGAUCCUCUUUCCUCUUCCUCUGUUUCUCCACCACGCAUAAACCACCGGUUCGACCCGUGUAAACCGGGAAAUUUCUGGUCGAACCGAAUUAAACCGAUGGAAAAGCCUGACUGCGUACGUGUCAAGAACAAGGUUCUGAAGUUACUACCUGGGUUCAGGUUUCACCCGACAGACCAAGAACUCAUCGUCGAGUACUUGAAGCGGAAAGUUACCGGUUUACCCUUACCGGCUUCUGUGAUAUCCGAAACGGAUAUCUGCAAAUCCGAUCCGUGGGAUUUACCAGGUGAUUUGGGCUCCGAGAGGUAUUUCUUCAGCACGAGAGAGGCGAAAUACCCGAACGGGAACCGGUCGAACCGGGCGACCGGUUCCGGUUAUUGGAAAGCGACCGGAAUCGACAAGAGAAUAAUAGCCGGUUCGAGAGGGAACAAGGUCUUGGGGAUGAAGAAGACGCUGGUUUUCUACAGAGGAAAACCACCGAAUGGAACAAGAACUGAUUGGAUUCUCCAUGAAUAUCGUCUUGUUGAUGAUACAUCACAUGACAUGGACGCAUCAUCAACACACAAUCCACAGGAGAGGAGGGCAAGAGGGGAGAGCUGGGUCCUAUGCAGGAUAUUCUUGAAGAAGAGAAACAAAGAGACGGAAGAGGAGAAAUCGGAGGGAAGAGAGAGAAACCUCGAGAAGAAAUCGCCAUUGCUGUUCUAUGACUUCAUGAAGAGAGAGAAAACGUGCGACCUGAAUCUGUCUCCUUCCUCCCCGUCAGCCUGUUCAAGUGGAGUGACCGAGACAACGUCGUCUUCUUCCUCGGACGAUGAACAAACCAGCUGUCGGAAAUCCGAUAAUAGGAUUGUCUUUUUCCUGUAGAAACAAUCUAUCCUCUUAUGUGUGUCUUCGUGUCAGAGUUUUGGUCUGGUUCUCGAUCCACGGCUGCUGUCCUUUAUUUCUCCGAUGUGGGAUUCAUCAUCAUGCAUUGAAAUGGUUUUUGGAACGGCGUUACCUUUCGGUAUUCGGUACCGGUAUUUGAUCGGUUCGGAUUAUUUGGUUCAUACAGAAAUAAAUACCAAAUCGGUUAUUUUA